UCUAAAUCUCAGGAAAUACGCGUAGAUUCGGAAAUACGUUAAUUCCUACCUUGCUUAUGUGUCCGGAGAUCCUCGGGGGACAAGAUGAUGAAACUCCUGGAUGUGGGCGGCCGGCGUUGUGGCGGAGCAGCUAGGAGAUGGCUUCUGCCCGCAGGCCCAGUGCGUUGCCUGGCGGAUGCAUCGGCGGCCGCGGCGGCGGCGGAUGAGCCGCUGCUCCGGAAGCGCAAAUUCAAGCCACAGCAGGCUCCGGAUCUCAGCGAGGAGCUGGCGGGCCAACUGCCAUCCAAGGCCCGCGUAGUGAUCUGCGGCGGCGGCAUCACCGGCGCCUCGGUGGCCUAUCACCUGGGCCUGAGCGGCUGGGGCGGCGAGACGCUGGUCGUGGAACAGGAUCGUGUGGGCGGCGAGCUGCCAUGGACGGCCUGCGGCCUGGCCGGACGCUUCGAGCCCAGUUACACCGAGCUGAAGCUGGCGGAGUACUCCAUCGAUCUGAUCAAGCGGCUGGCGGAGCAGGGAUUGCCCACGGGAUGGCGGCAAGUGGGCAGCUUGAACCUAGCACGCAGCUGGGACCGGAUGACGGCCUUCAACCGCAUGAAAUCACAGGCCGUGGCCUGGGGCAUGCGCUGCGAAAUCCUGUCGCCGGAACAGUGCCGCGACCACUGCGAUCUGCUCUCCCUGGAUGGCAUCGAGGGCGGCCUGUGGAUACCCGAGGAUGGGGUGUGUGAUCCAAUGCUGGUGUGCCAGGCCUAUCUCACCGAGGCCCAGCGCCUGGGCGUUCGUGUCGUGGAGCAUUGUGCCAUCAAGAAGAUCCACAGCGAACAUGGCAAGGUGCGCGGCGUGGAGACGACGGCGGGCGAUGUGGAGUGUGAUUAUUUUGUGAAUUGCACGGGCUUCUGGGCCCGCGAGGUGGGCACCCUGUCCAAGCCGGUGGUGAAGGUGCCCCUGAAGGCGGUGGAGCAUCAUUACCUGCACACGCGACCCAUUGAGGGCCUCAGUCCGGAUACGCCAUUCGUGAGGGACUUUGAUGGACGCAUCUUCUUCCGCGAGUGCGAGGGUCACAUUCUGGCUGGAGGCUUCGAACGGGAGGCCAAGAUGGUGUAUGAGGAUGGCGUGAUACCGCUGUCGCAAACGGCCAGGCAGCAUCCACCAGAUUGGGAUCACUUCCAUGAGCUGCUCGACGCCCUGCUGCUGCGAGUGCCUGCCUUUCGGGGCGCCACCCUCGAUCGGUUGACCAACUCGCUGCAGGUCUUCUCGCCGGACUGCAAGUGGAUCCUGGGUGAGGCUCCUGAGAUUCAGAAUUACUAUGUGGCCGCCGGCAACAAGACAAUGGGCGUCUCCGCCUCGGGUGGCAUUGGACGUGUGCUCACCGAUUUGAUAACCAAGGGUUCUACGUAUUUGGAUUUGCAUAUUCUGGACAUUAGUCGGUUUCUGGGGCUGCACAACAAUCGCAAGUUUCUAAGGGAUCGCUGCAAGGAGGCGCCUGGCAAGCAUUUUGAGAUCAACUAUCCGUUUGAGGAGUUCCAAACCGGCAGGAAUCUGCGCAUGUCACCCAUCUAUCCGCAGCUGAAGGAGGCGGGCGCCGUUUUUGGCCAGUCAAUGGGUUACGAGAGACCCAAUUACUUUGAUCAGCAGGAUAAGCAGGAUGAGUUCGGUUUGCCCCGCUUUCGCAUUGCCCAGACCCGCACCUUUGGCAAGCCGCCCUGGUUCGAUCAUGUGGCCUCCGAGUAUCGGGCCUGCCGCGAGCGCAUAGGCAUUGCCGACUACAGUUCCUUUACCAAAUACGACUUCUGGUCGAAGGGCAAUGAGGUGGUGGAGCUGCUCCAAUAUCUAUGCUCUAAUGAUGUGGAUGUGGCAGUGGGCUCCAUUAUACACACGGGCAUGCAGAAUCCAAAUGGUGGCUACGAGAACGAUUGCUCUUUGGCCAGGCUAUCAGAGAGGCACUACAUGAUGAUUGCUCCGACCAUACAGCAGACCCGCUCCAUGUGCUGGAUACGCAAACACAUGCCCGACCAUCUGAGGGCCAAGGUGAAUGUGGCGGAUGUGACCUCCAUGUAUACGGCCAUUUGCAUUCUAGGACCCUAUUCAAGGAUUCUGCUCUCCGAGCUCACCGACACGGAUCUCACGCCCAAGAGUUUUCCCUUCUUUACCUACAAGGAACUGGAUGUGGGCCUGGCGGAUGGCAUUCGUGUGCUAAACAUCACCCACACGGGCGAACUGGGCUAUGUCCUUUAUAUACCCAACGAAUAUGCUUUGCAUGUGUACUCCAGGCUCUAUCAGGCGGGCCAGAAGUUUAACAUACAGCAUGCAGGCUACUAUGCCACGCGUGCCUUGCGCAUUGAAAAGUUCUAUGCCUUUUGGGGCCAGGAUUUGGAUACCUUUACCACCCCCCUGGAAUGUGGACGCAGUUGGCGUGUCAAGUUCAAUAAACCCAUCGACUUUAUAGGCCGCAGUGCCUUGCUCAAGCAACGCGAGGAGGGAGUGAAACGCAUGUAUGUCCAGCUUUUGCUGAACGACCAUGACCACGAGGUGGACAUGUGGUGCUGGGGCGGUGAGCCCAUUUAUCGUGAUGGCGUCUAUGUGGGCAUGACCACCACCACCGGCUAUGGUUACACUUUCGAGAAGCAAGUCUGCCUGGGAUUUGUGCGCAACUUUGAUGAGGCUGGCGGUGAGCUGCCGGUGACCAAUGAGUAUGUACUCUCUGGCCACUAUGAGGUGGAGGUGGCCGGCGUACGUUUCGAGGCCAAGGUCAAUCUGCAUUCACCGAAUCUGCCCACCAAGUUUCCGGAUCGUGAGCGUGAGGCGUAUCAUGCCACGCGGGAUAAGCCGGAUCAGGCGGAUCUCCUGUCGUUUGGCGGAGCUGGAGUGGUCACUGGUACGGGCACGCCCACGGGAACGCUGUGAGGAGGUGAUAGUAACUCCCAGUUCAAUUCGAGAGUCUCAAAGGAAAGCGAUAUUAUUUGAUAUUUAAGGAAGCGAGCGAAGAGUUUAGAUAGACAAAAAAUGGUAGAAACCAUAAAAAAAACACCAAAAAAAGGAUAUUAAAUGUUAUAAAAAAAAACAAAAACAAAGCAGUAUCAAAGCAUUUCUUUUGUGCGUCAAUUUAUACAAGGGAUUUGUGAUUUUAUACAACAAAAACAAUAAUAAUAAAGGCUUUGAUACUGUUUUUUCACACACA